UCCAUGCAUUUUAUACACAUCACAAAGACAGUUAACACACACCGAGUCAUUCUCUUUAAACUCCCCUCAUUACUCUCCACUUCACAAUUUUCCACUAUCUUUAUUUAACUAACUACACAUCACAACAAUCUCUCAUUCCUUCUCCAUGGCCUCAAAGUUUUCAUUCAUUCUCUCCAUUUUUGUCAUCUGGGCCGUUGAUUUUCCUAGUGCUUCAUCAGCACGUGAUGCUCCAUCACCCUCUGCUGAUUGUUCAACCAUUGUUGUCAUCAUGGCUGAUUGUUUGUCAUUUGUUUCAAAUGACAGUACCAUAACCAAACCAUCAGGGGCAUGCUGUUCUGGCUUGAAAACUGUUCUGAAAACAUCUCCUACUUGUCUUUGUGAUUCUCUCAAAAACAGUGCUAAUCUUGGUGUUGUUUUGAAUGUUACAAAAGCUGCCACCCUUCCUGCUGCUUGUGGUCUCUCUGCUCCUCCUCUCUCUAACUGUGGAUUGUCUAUCGCCCCUGUUGGUGCUGCUACUCCUGGUGGAAGCAUUUCCCCACCUUCCCCACCAGCUGCUCAUGCACCAGGUGGGACCACUCCAUCUACAGCACCCGCAGCCACAACACCGGCAGCCACAACUCCGGCAGAGGCACCAUCGAAUGUCAAGAGUGCAGCAUCAACAUUGCUCCCUAUUUCAGCUGGAUCCCUCAUUGUUUGCCUUUUAUCUCUAUUCUUAGGCCUUUGAGCCAUUUCUAGUUUCAUUUUGAGUUUAGGAAAGUUAUAGCAUAAGGGUCUAUUUUGAAUUUUUUUAUGUUUUCUUGAGUACUAGUUUUUCAUACCCAUGGUUGCAUGAGGGGAAUGGAAGUGUUAACAUUCAGGGGAAUGGAAUGUUGGAUUGUCAUGUGGUUGAACUCCAACCAGUAAGGUGAUCUCAUUGCUUGAUUACAUUGAAGGUUCUUUUUAUGGUGGCCACGACAAGUCCACCACUAGACCACAACUACUUUUUUCGGAAAAAUUAUUUACAUUCAAGUUUCUUAAUGUUUUUCUUCUAAUAUAGAAGAAUACCCAAA